CAGACACUGCAGCGUUCGUGUGUGUGCUCUAGGUUGAGAGAAUACGAAAUAGGCGAGUUGUGUGAAUAUAUUUGAUUAUUCGGUUAUAUCACAAGCCCAGUUAGUGUAGUAUAGAGGCAGGAUGGUGGACAGUAUCUACCGUACACGCUCUCUCGGUGUAGCCGCCGUCGGCCUGCCGGACCAGUACGCGGACGGGAAAGCAGCCAGAGUCUGGCAGCUGUACAUCGGAAACACGAAGAGCCGCACGGAGGAGUACCGCAGCUGGGUGGUGUCUCUGCUCAGACAACACGGCUGUAAGACGGUGCUGGAUGUUGCUUGCGGCACGGGUGUGGACUCAAUCAUGCUGCUGGAGGAGGGAUUCAAGGUGGUCAGUGUAGAUGCCAGUGAUAAGAUGCUGAAGCAUGCACUCAAGGAAAGAUGGGAGAGGAGGAAAGAGUCAGCGUUUGAUAAUUGGGUAAUUGAAGAGGCUAACUGGCUUACGCUAGCCGAUGAUAUUCAGAAGCCAGGAGACGGAUUCGAUGCAGCUAUCUGCCUGGGAAACUCCUUUGCUCAUUUACCGGAUUUUAAAGGGGAUCAGAGUGAUCAAAAACUGGCCCUGCAGAACAUAGCCAGCAUGGUGAAAAUUGGAGGAAUCAUGAUUAUCGAUCACCGUAACUACGACUACAUCAUUGAGACAGGCAAAGCUCCGGCAGGCAAGAACAUUUAUUACCAGAGUGAUUUGAAACAAGAGAUCGACACAUCUGUACUCUGGGUGAACAACAAGCCCACCAUGGUGACGCUGGACUACACGCUGGAGAUCCCACAACCUGAAGGAUCACAGAAAGCAGCUGAGACAAGUAAAUUCCGCUUGUCAUAUUACCCGCACCGGCUGGAGAGCUUCAAGGGACUGUUGAACGCAGCGUUCUUUGGAAAGUGCAAGCAGGAUGUAUUUGGUGAUUUCAAGCACUGUACUCCAGGACAAGGAGAAGCUCCUUGUUACUUCAUCCACGUUGUUGAAAAGACUGCUUAAGGCAAUCUUUAUGACCCAAACCUUUAUGACCCAAUUCAUUUUAAUUUUAUCUGUACUUUUGCUUCAUGUGCAUUAUUUCUGCUUCAUUUGCUGUUGUUUUAUGGAGAUCAGACCUUGAAAGCCUUCCACAACAACAAAGGCAGAGCUGAAGACACAACACAAUGCUGCAGUUGAUCACUUCAUACCAGAAUGUGUUAAACCCAAAGACUGCUGGGGCUUAAAUGCUUAUUCACCAUGGAGUGUGUGAGUGUGUGCCACUGAAUAUUUUGUCCAUCAUUUUACUCGCCCAACAGCAUGAAGUUCUGAUUUGUCAACUGGACGUAAGGUUAAUGCUUAGCUGUGUUAGGAAUUUCUAACUUAAAACGAUUUCUAUAAUCCUAAACUUUUACAAUCUUGUUUUCAUUUUAAAUACGUAGAUGCGCUUUGCAAAAUUUUAAACCCCAACCACAUGCCUUAAACUGAAGCUGACAAAAGGAACAAAGUCGUGCCUAGUAUACUCGUUUAAAUGAACUAGGAAAUUUUUUUUACAAAUAUAACUGGCCUACUCUUUACUUUGCUUUUUAUCCAGCUUUACCGAUAGCCAUCUUUUGUUUAAAAAGUCCUUGCUGAACUCUUCUCAUUACCAGACUGAGCCAGAUUACUCCAUGUAGUCUCGAUAAGGACAAAGUCUGUAUAGAUAUAUAUUUUUUUAAAACAGUGACCUUCAAAGGAAAAUGCCACCAUGACUGACUUUAAUUUACUGAAUGUUGUAAUGAAAUUCUGAAAUUCGAUUUGAAAUGUUUCCUACUUUACCUACUGAAAGUGGGGCCAGUGAGAUUUAGCUUUUUAGACUUCACUUCAUCUCUACCUAAAUCUCUACAUAGUGAUGCAGCAGUGCUUUAGGCUUGCUCAUGUCCUCAUCUGUUAAAGCAGAUCACCUCCCAAAGUCUCUGCCGUAACUCUUCACCCAUUAAAAUGCGACGUAAGAGAGACAGACAAUCAAUAACUUCUCACAGGGUUAACAAAAAUACAGCACCGUCUAUAUCAAAUGCAUUACACAUAUUUCCUUCUAAACAUAUUUAAUAUGUUUCAGGGUUGAGUUAACCUUUAAGACUGUGACAGUCUUUACAAAGCUCACAGUCUCUAUCUGUUGGACUGAGCGUAUAUGUGAAAAUGUUUCAAGGUGCAUUAUAGAAAAAUGUUGAAAUGUAUGUUUUCUCAUCCAAACCUUUUGUUGAUAUGUUUUUAAUGUUUCACUAGCUGAUUUCUGUAUGUUUGUUUGCUUUGUCUUCAUGGAACACCAAAGUGCAAAGUUCAGGUAGAAUUUGUACAACCACUGACUGUCCUAAGGUGACCUGAAAUGAGUGAUGUGCUACCAGAUCACUUUAGGACCUUUUCAAGGUCAUUUGUAGUUUCAGACAUAUAUUGCCGUGUGUCCGUAUAAUAUUGUUCUUGCUAAUGUACUGUUUGUUUGUAGGUAAAAAAAAAAAUAAAAAAUUUGGUAUCCAGUAUUGCAGUGUAACCAUAUAUCAUUACACCAGUGUUUAUGUUAAGGCAGCAACUGCUUUUGGAUCCUGAAGGAUUUCAUUUUGGCUGAAAAUAUAUGAAAAGAGCAACCUUGUUGUCAAAAUGCUUUUAAAUCAGUGAACAGUGUGUAAUUUUUUCUUUUGUUGAUUAUAUUUUAAAAGAUUACUUGUACAUCCCCAAUUUGAUAAAGUUGUGACAGUAAGGAAAAUGCUAAUAAAAACAAAGAGAAGUGAAUUGUAAA